AUGGGUAACAAAAGCAGUACUACAGUGGAAGAAAAUCCAAAGACUAAAGUAGAAAAAAAAUCAAAGACUACAGUCAAACAAGUACGUGAAAGAAUACCUGUUCGAGGUUCUGUUUAUAGAGGUUAUCAACCUUCUAUUGAAUUCAUGAAAAAAACGUCUACGGAAAAAGAAUCCGUAAUAAACGAUAAAAGCGACAAUGAUUCACCAACACCACCAUCACCACCACCACAAAAUAACUUAUCUGAAAUACCUAUUUUAUCUUCUAAUAAGAAUCCUCGUCUGUAUGACGAUCGUCCUAAACAAACAACACCAAUUAAAGAACAAUCAUCAUCUUCUGUUGUCUUUCAAAACAUUUCAACUGAGAAGCCUAUAACUCCUUCCCUAAUACAACCAAAAAUAUCUUCACAAAUACAAGAAGUUUAUGUACCACCACCAACUAUUUCCAGGAAUGUUUCAUGGCCUCAUACAGUUGCUGCCAGUAGUUUUGAAAAAGCUCCAAUGGUUCAAUUAAAUUAUGUUGUAAAACCAUCUGAAAAAAAUUCAAAACAUAUUUAUGAACUAGAUAAUAUGACUGUAAUGCGUCGAACAUCAUCACAAGUCAUGCCAUAUGGCAGUCGAUGGUACGAUAAUGAUUAUAAUAAAAAUGUAAAACCACUUGUCGUCAAAUAUUAUUAA